AUGCCGCCACGGAAACCGGCCUUGAGACCUCAGAUCACCAAUGUUGCGCAGCUCAAGAGCUGGAUCACCGGAACUGCGGUGACCGCUCGCAGUGAAGCCCUGCAAGACCUGAUCUCAUUCUUCAGGAACCCUACUUUGAAUCAUGAGGUUCUGAAAGACAAGGAAUAUCACAGCAUCUGUGAAGCCUUGUUCCAAGCGGCUCUGGCCGACAAGACGGUAUUAUUGAGUGGCAAAGGCACAGGGAAGGCGAACGAACGGCUCGGCUACUGUGGCAAGGCCUUGCGUGAGACUGUCACACAUGGUCUUUCUAAAUUCAAAGGUAAAACCGUGAGAGCCAUCAUCGACCAUAUCACAGAUACGCUUCCCACAUACGAUGGAGACUUCUUUGAGCCUCUCGCACAGGACUACAUGCAGACGUUGGUGAUUAUACUCGACAGUCCUACCCACGUCGAGAAUCUGGCUUUGAAAGAUGGCAGCGGCUGGAAACAGUGCGUCACGUUUCUCGUUGACAGAAUCUGCAACCUUUUGGACGGCGCUGAUUCUGCCCAUGCCUCCGUCCUCAUCGGCCGGGACUCACCUGCGCCUGGAACUGCUCGUCAUUCUUCGGUUGGCCCUUCGAGCGCUCGCUCGCGGCUGGGGACCCAGCGUGGUGCAGGGCAAGUCCAACGCAAUGACCUCUUGUCGCUCCUCCAAUGUCUACAGUCUUUGGUCUCCGCCCCAAAUGCGCCCUGCAUGUCAAAGCGUCAAGAGGUGGCCGAUGCUGUCUUGCGGGUAUUGCGGCUGCGUUUCGAUUUGGACAAGCUGCACAGGUUUGCCUUCUCGAUAUUGAAUCGCAUUUUGUUGCAGACUGCCGGUGAUGAUCCUGCCCUCGGUCAGCAUCUAACGAGGGAACUUGUGCCACUGCUUGGCUACUGGUGGCAGCGCCGGACCCUCGAUAAAGAUGAACUUCAGUUCUUGGUAAGAGACGAAAUGCUGAAGACCAUGCAUGCGAUCAGCGUCUACUUGGACUACUUGCUACAGGAUGAUCCGGCUGCGGCUCUCCUUCAGCAGCUCGAAGAGUUGUUGGACGAACUUUGGGGCGAAUACUCCUCGCGGAAUCCUCGAGCUCGCCUCCAACUUGACGACGUGACUUUCUCAUCUCUGAAGGCUUCAUCUGGCCACUUUUCCACCGGCCUGUUUGCUUUGAAGCCUUUCAGGCAACAUGCAGAACGCCGCUGGGCCUUGGUUGAGGUCAUGUCUCAACUCGAGUUCAUCUUCUUGCAACAUUCCAAAAGCAACUCGCAGCGUCUGGCGACUGAGGACAGCCAACCAAGGAAAAGACAACGUCGUGCUGGAGGCUCCAAUAGGAUACACCAAAAAAUGUUAUCAUCGGAUGCCGCAACCAAACUGACUUCACUGCAACUGCUGCCCUUCUUUUUGCCCUUGAGCAAGCUGGACCAAGAACAGAUGAUGACCGUGAUGGAGGACUUGUUGCCCAUGAUCGGUGACAAGCAAGGCCUUUCGUCGUCCUGGGCAAUGAUUGCAUGUGCCAGCUGUGCUGUUGAGUCGCAGGCGAGAGAUGAGAACGCCGAAGCACGGUGGAAACAAGUAUGGCAGCUGGCCGUCAGGUCUAUCAGCAUCCCCAUGACAAUGGCCGACAUAUGCGGUCCGGCUGCUCUGCUUGACUCAUCUCUGGUAUUCAUGCAUUGCCUGGCCAGCGUACGCAAUUCUAUGGUUCCCAGUGCCAGCCAAAAAACAUCGAGCUACGUAAUACGAUGGGCGUUUACUAUGUGGCGACCAGCGGAAGCAAACUACGCCACGUCACUGGCAAGUAAUAUGGUACCGGUUGAUCUCGUCAAUCUGCUCCUAUCAUGCUGUGGCGUGCCUCAAUUUGAAGUUCCGCCGCAGAUGGGGCUGGUAGGCGGUAACCUCAGCCAGUUCUGGAAAUCCUACAACGACACCAUUCCGAUGACUCGAUAUUUGCUUCUACUGAGCGAGGAUGAUGCCGCAGUACGGAGUCAGCAUCUAGUGGCGCUUUCGGAUGGAAAUGGUGGGGGCCAAUUCUCAGAGCCGGACGAGACCUCCAACUCGCAGCCGUGCUUCCAGAUGGUCGUCGAAUCAUCUGAGAGUGGUGAAUCUUUCGAGUUGAUCCUGGCGAUGCUCGCUCCUUACAUCCCUCCUUUGGACUCGUUCCGAGUGCAGCAAUUCUGCAGCAAGGAGCCACAUCUUCUGCGACUUUUUUCAAGACUAUCAGGCAUGAUAGAUGAUCAGCGCAGUCAACAGAGGCCCACCCAGGACCUUGACGCUAUGGACGUGGACGACGAGUUCGAGUCACAAGACAGGCGGAAGAAGCCCGGCAACAGAGGCUUCCUCAUUCCAAGACAAAAGGUCGCGUCAAGCAUGAGCGCCAAUGCCUUCUUCGAGGCGACAAAAACAAAACUGCAGCUUUUCUCCGAAUACUUCAGUGACCCUGGGAAGGUUGGACUUAUACCUGAGACUUUCAUGGACAAGUUCCUCUCACUCGAGGAUGAUCAAUUCCUUCUCUGCAGAGAAUUCCUUGUCGAACUUCUCCAGUCUGACUUCGGCAAUGUUUCCAACUACGCCAAGGAUAUCGUUGAGCAGACUGCGGCAGUCGUAUUCAAGGAUAACUACAAGACAUGCGAGGUCGCCUUGUGUACGCUGGUCGACGUACUCCUGUCCUUCGCACCUGUCUGGUCCAUGGGCGAAGGUGAUCCAGACCUUGUCAAUCCAUUUGUGGAUCUUUAUAAUAUCCUGGUGAAAUCAGUUUGGCCGCACAACCUGAUGUCGCCAGAGGUCCAAUUGUCAUACUCUGGGCUACUUCUUCACCUGUGGGAGAUCAAUGCCCAAUUCCACAAGGACAAGAAGUCGUUGGUAUCACCUCCCCACAAAACUCUGCUCUCAACGCCCGAUAGUCUCAAAAAGACUCGGAUCGAGGUUCGUGACCCACGACCAGGUCCUUUUUGGGAGGGUAGUAUGCGCGCCAAAUUCUACAUUGCACCGAGGCUUACCAGAAUCUUCGAAUUCUUUGUUGUAAGCACUCACGAAGACAUUUUCGUCGACAUUCUGGAAGCCCUGCCAACGGACCCAGAGGUUAUGGAGGGCAUCGGAUUGCGUGUUUUCGUCUUGGCCGGCCUUGGUUGCAAGUGUCCAACACUGCUAAGGAGAUGUGUAUACCACAUUGUGGAGACGUCUGGAAAGGUUGCCGGAUCUGCAAAAUAUGCCACUCGCGGCAUGAAAAUGGUGUCGUUGGCAAGGUUAUUGAAGUCGCCUCAAGAGCUCUUCCAGUUGUUCGCCCCCCAGCUUCUCUACACCUGGCUCGAGAAGGACUCGUUCGAAGAUAUCCCCUUCAGCAUAUUUGGCUUUGCCAGUCUUGAUGACCUCCUCCAGCGAGCAAGAACGGAGGCCACUGCUCAUAUGAUCAUGCGAGGCCAAGACGAAGCAGUCAACGGCCUAGCCAGUAGGCUACACGUUACGCCUGUGGAGUUGGUUGAGCAAGGGUUUUCUAAGAUCAUGGCAUAUUCGAUCAUGCAUGAUCUCAGUUCGUCUAAAGACUCUUCAACUUCCUCGGAAUCUCGAGUCCGAAAACUUCUUGGCAAAGAGCCUUAUCUGGAUCGUAUUUAUCGUACUUUCCCAGACAUCAUUGGACAUUUUUGCGAUGUCAUCGACCAGGAGGGUGCAAUUGAAGAUUCGUGGCGCAAGGACGAGACUUUCUCAUAUGCUGCGGACUUCAUGGACGAGAUCAAGAGAUGCGGCCAAUCGUCAACAGCUCUGGGGCCUAACCAGCAGCCCAUGUUCAAGGGCAAAUACCUUGUCCGGGCAAUUUCCCAUCUGGUCCGAAGAACGAACUACGAUGUCCUGUCCCUUUGGACACCGCCUUUGGUCACAUCUGUAGCGCGGAGGCUGUUGAACACCAUCCAUCCAGCUCUAGGGCCACUGCAUGCAUUGUCAGUUGUCCGCAAGGUCCGAAUAUUGACACCUUCAUUCUUAGCGGGCUAUGCCUUGUCUACACUGGCCAGCCUGAGAAUGUUCUUGGAGUCGAGUCAGGCCAGCUCUACACAGGAGAGCCAAUUCAAGUCGACCGUGAGCAAGGCUCAGAAUUUCCACGUGUGGUUCGUCAAGCUGUUGAAGGGUUUCGAGUCGUCGUCCGCCUUCAAGUCAGAUACACAGGCUCAAGCCUUCAAAGCCAUCAUUGAGUCAGCAUCCAGCAUCCGAUCGUCGGGAAACUCUCAGAAGGACACGCAGGAAAGCAGGCUUUUGCUUGAAAUACUCAAGGAUGCCGAGCAGGAGCACCAGCUGCUGAACGAGUCUGCUCGUGAGCUGGCUCUGCGGAUGCUUUGCGGCGAAUUCAAGAUCCCAAAAGCCAACAGAGACGACAUAAUCGACACCGACGAAGACGCUCAAAACCUCCUUGCAUCGUCUGACUGGAUGCAAUACCAGACGCCGCCUACAGACAGCGGAGAGAUCAAACAUACCAAGGUCGGGGUGUUCGAGGCUGAGAGCAUAGAGUCGUCUUCCUGGGCUCGAGAUACCUCCAUCCAUCUCGCAUGCUCUGUAAAAGGCAACGCAGUCCUGGCGACCUUGCCCUUAAUUCUGGGCGAGAUCGAUGGCUUCGCUGAGCAGGCAUUACCUUUCAUUGCCCACUUGGUGCUUGUCGAGGAACUCAACAGCCAGAGACCGCUGAAACGUGGCUUGUCCGCAGCCCUCAAAGAAUGGAUGAGAUCAACUUCGCCAGCAGCCAGUGACAACAUCAAGCUUCUCAUCAAUGUUAUACUCCACCUGAGAACAAGACAAUUUCCGAAUGAAACCUCGAUUGCCGAUAGAUCGCAUUGGCUUGACUUGGACCUGUCUAGUGUGGCAGUAGCAGCUACAGGAUGUGGCAUGUUCAGGGUUGCCUUGCUCUUCGCCGAACUAGCCUCUUCUGAACCAGCGAGGAACUCCCGGCGAUCUUCGGCUGCACGAGAGGCAGAAGACUCUUCAGAGACUUUGCUGAAAGUUUUCGAAAACAUAGACGAUCCAGAUGCCUACUACGGGUUGAACCGUACAGCGUCUUUGUCCAAUGUUUUGGCACGACUCGAGUAUGAAAAGGAGGGCGGGAAGAGCCUGGCGUUCCGCGGCUCUCAAUAUGACAGCCAUUUGCGUAUGAGAGACUCUGAAGCAGAUCGUGACGGGCAGUCUCUCGUCCAAAUACUCAGUGGAUUGGGGUUGUCCGGCCUUUCCAACUCUUUGCUCCAAAUUCAACAACACCAUGAUGAUUCUGCCUCGCUAGACAGCACUUUCACCACCGCUAGGCGCCUUGAGAUCUGGAACUUACCUGCACCCCCAAGCCUUGAGAACCAUGCCGCCACAUCCUACCGGGCGUACCAGUCUAUAUACAGGGCUGUGGAGACGGACCCUGCAAGACUUGCUGUCCAGGACGGGUUGGCAACAACGAUGAAGCGUCUAGCCACCAGAGACUUGAGAGUGUCCGAACUGCGGCAACACCUGGGCACACUUGCAGCCCUUACCGAAUUAGACACUGUCCUGGGCGUGGCUGACUUUGCCGAGCUCGAAAAGGUUUUGGCUGAUUUCGAGGCACGGUCGGCGUGGAUGAUGAGCGGAAGGUACGACGAUGUCAGCCAGAUUUUGUCUCAUCGUGAGACAACAUUCAGUGUUCUUGGCCAAAAGGACGUGAUUCGAAGCACACUAAACCUCACUUCACCGGAAGCUCGAUUGGUUGAGAUUCGGAGCAUGCUGCUGUCAUCAAGUAUUUAUCGAUUCCACCAUUCCAGACAAGAGUCCUUGAACGUAUCGACGAGGUUGACAGACCUUGUCAGCUCAAGCGAAGCCAUUGGUCUGAGUAUCGAUGCUGCUGUUUCUCUAGAGACGGCCAAUUCGUUCUGGGACUACGGGGAGAUGAUACCAUCCAUCAGACUCCUGCAAGGGCUUCAGGGGAACCCUUCGUCUCUGAAGAAACAAAGCAUCCCCGUCACGCACGCUGAUCUGCUUUCCAAGAUUGGGCAUCAGGUGUCAGUCGCAAAGCUCGAGACAGCCGACAGCAUUCAGAAAAAAUACCUCGAGCCUGCACUCAAAGAGUUGAAGGGCAAAAGCUCGGGCAAGGAAGCUGGGCAGGUAUUCCACCAAUUUGCGGUGUUCUGCGAUGAGCAGCUACAAGACCCCGACAUGCUUGAAGAUUUGGGCAGACUUGAGCGUCUAGUUCAGACGAAAGCGGACGAAGUGGAGCACUACAAGAAGGAAUACAGAUCGGCCAAGAAUUCACAGCUCAGGGAACAGUAUGACAGGUACCAGAGGACAGCCGAGAAAUACCUGCUCCUCGACCAGACCGAGCUCCAGCGGACCCAGAGAACUCGGAACGAAUUUGUCAAACUCAGCCUUGAGAAUUACCUGCAGUCUUUAUCUGCUUCGGAUGACCACGACAGCGACGCACUCAGGUUCACCGCGCUGUGGCUUGAGCGCUCAGAAACAGAAGUCGCAAAUAUGGCCGUUCAUCACCUCCUCAGGAAUGUGCCAACUCGCAAAUUUGCCACACUCAUGAAUCAACUAAGCUCACGCUUACAGCUUGACAAGAGCCAUUUCCAGACCCUACUAAGAGACCUGGUCUGCCGUAUCUGCUUCGACCACCCGUACCACGGCAUGUAUCAGAUCUGGUCGGGAAUUAGAACGAACCCGAACGCAGAAGAUGAGGUUGCCAUGUUACGCAAGGAGGCUGCAACCAAGGUCAUGGAAGAGUUUGAACGACAGAAAGGCGGAGUUGCAGUUACAUGGGACGCCAUCAAGAAAGCAUGUGGAUGCUAUCAUUAUCUGGCCAAGGAGAAGAGUGAUCGGUAUAGAAGCGGGGCCAGGAUCAAGAUUCAGGAUUCCCCUUAUGCAUCUACCCUCUCAAGAUGCCUUGCGAAAUACCCUAUUCCGCCACCAACCUUGGAGAUCGAGCUGCGUGCGGAUAGGAACUACUCAACGGUUCCGGUGAUAGAGAGACUGGAGCCUACCAUAUCGAUUGCAUCCGGUGUCAGCGCUCCAAAGAUCAUCACGGUGGUCGCCAGCAACGGAGAGAGGUACAAGCAGCUCGUCAAAGGCGGUAAUGACGACCUUCGACAAGACGCAAUCAUGGAGCAGGUCUUUGCUGCUGUGUCCUCCCUGCUGAAGCAACACCGAGCAACGAGGCAGCGGAACCUCGGCAUCAGGACUUACAAGGUGCUGCCUCUCACGAACAGGUCUGGACUGAUCGAGUUUGUUGCCAACACGAUACCUUUACACGACUGGCUCAUGCCGGCGCACGAACGAUACUAUCCGAAGGACAUGAAGGGCAAUCUCUGUAGGAAGGAGAUCUCCAACGUCGCCGGCCGCACCAACGACGUGAGGGUCUCUACCUACCGCAAGGUUUCGGAAAAGUUCCAUCCCGUGAUGCGAUACUUCUUCAUAGAGUCGUUCCCCGACCCGGACGACUGGUAUGUCAAGCGCCUCGCUUAUACGCGCACGACGGCUGCGAUAUCCAUCCUCGGGCAUGUGCUUGGGCUCGGAGACCGACACGGACACAAUAUCCUCCUAGAUCAGAAGACGGGUGAAGUCGUGCACAUCGAUCUGGGUGUGGCGUUCGAGUCAGGGCGCAUCCUGCCUGUGCCCGAGGUCGUACCGUUCCGCAUGACGCGUGACAUUGUGGACGGCAUGGGAGUGACUAAAACAGACGGGGUGUUCCGCAGGUGCUGCGAGUUCACACUCGACGCGCUGCGUGAGGAGACGUACUCGAUCAUGACGAUCCUGGACGUCCUUCGAUACGACCCGCUCUACUCUUGGAGCUCGACACCUAUGAGGCUGGCGAAGCUACAGGGGGCGGCGAGACGGGCGGAAGAGGGCGACGGUGGGAACGAGGAGGGGGGCGCUGCGGGCGUGGGGGCGGACAAGAAGAAAAAGAGCGUGGUGAAUGAGCCGUCUGAGGCAGACCGCGCGCUAGAGGUGGUCAGGAAGAAGCUGUCCAAGACCCUGAGCGUCACGGCAACAGUGAACGACCUCAUCAACCAAGCAACUGAUGAGAGGAACCUGGCGGUGCUGUACUCGGGGUGGGCGGCCUGGAUCCCCCGGGGCCUGGGCAUGCAGUCACGGCCAUCAGGAACCGAGGGCCCCUUCGACAACUCGACCCCCGACAACCACCGCCACACUUCGCCCCCUUCCCGACGCCGCCAUCGAGUCGACUCCAUCCCCUCCUCCUCCCAGUCGCGAUCUGCUCCCGACCCCAAGCGCAUCCGCUCCGGCGAGUCCGCGCCGACCACCACAGCCUUCAGGCCGACCUCGGCCGCCUCCAUCAACACCAUGGCCACCGCGGGCACGAUGAGCGCAAAGGCCAUGGGCAAAAAGCCCGAGGGCGCGGCGGGCUUCCAGCCGCUGUCGGGCGCCAGGCGGAUCGUCAUCAAGAAUCUGAGGGCCAGCUCCAAGACGGCCGCCGACGUCGAGGACUACUACAAGAAGACGUGGGACAACGUCGAGACGGCGCUGCGGUCGAUCCUCAGGGGCGAGGUGCCCCGCGUGCCGCUGGAGCGGGUCUACCGCGGCGUCGAGGACCUGUGCCUCCGCGGGGAGGGCGACAAGCUGUUCGGGGUGCUCAAGCAGGAAUGCGAGAGGCACCUGUCCCGUGAGAUUCUGGGCCGGAUCAGGGAGGGCAGCGGCGCGGUGGCCAGCACCGACCUGCUGCUGCGGGUGAGGACGCAGUGGGCGGCCUUCAACAAGACCCUCAUCACCGUCCGCUCGGCCUUCAGCUACCUCGACCGCUCAUUCCUGCUCAACAACAAGAAGUACCAGUCCAUCAACGACCUGCUCCUGUCGCUCUUCCGCAAGAUGGUCUUCAACUCGGCCGACGACUCGGACUGCGGCAGGAAGGUGGUCGCGGGCAUGUGCCAGCUGGUGGAGCACGACCGCCGGGGCAACGCGGCGGCCGACCCGACGCUCUUGCACGACUCUAUCAACAUGUUGAAGGUUCUCGGGGUCUACGGCAGCAAGUUUGAGAGGGAGUUCUUGCGGCAGUCGGAGGAUUAUUUCACGGACUUUGCUGCUGAGCACAGCAAUGAUGGCUUGAGGUCGUACAUCACGGCAUGCGAGAGGCUCCUCAAGCGGGAGGACUACAGGUGCAACACAUACAACUUUGACAGCACGACGAAAGUGCUGUUACUCGAGAAGGCCCACGAGAUCCUCAUACAAAACUACAGCGCGGUAUUGCUGGACCAAGGCGACGUGUCGAGAUUACUGGAUGACAACGACAUAAGCUCGGUGAAGGCACUGUACUCGCUGCUGUGUCUGUCGAACAUCCCGAGAAAGCUCAAGGGGCCGUGGGAGGAGUACAUACAGCAGGCGGGAGCGAGGAUAGUAAACGACACAGAGAAAGGCGAUGAGAUGGUCAUCCGACUGCUGGAGUUCCGGCGUUCUAUGGACACCAUGAUCCGUGAUGCAUUCGGGGGUGAUGAGGUCUUCACGUACAGCCUUCGAGAGGCUUUCACGGUUUUCAUCAACGACAAGAAGAUAUCAUCAUCCUGGGGCACUGGCACCUCCAAGGUCGGAGAGAUGAUCGCCAAGCACAUUGACAUGUUGCUGCGAGGUGGAAUUAAGGCUCUGCCAAAAUCCCUGAUCUCGGAUAGCAAGGACCGCAGUGAAGCCGAGAGGAGUGGUCAGGCCAGCACAGGGGACGAGGAUGCCGAACUGGACCGGCAGUUGGACGCAGCACUCGAGCUGUUCCGUUUCAUCGAGGGCAAGGACGUCUUUGAAGCUUUCUACAAGAAGGACCUGGCCCGUCGGCUGCUCAUGGGCCGGAGUGCCAGCCAGGACGCCGAGCGUAGCAUGCUCACCAAGCUCAAGAGCGAGUGCGGCUCCAGCUUCACCCACAACCUGGAGCAGAUGUUCAAGGACAUGGCACUGGCAAAGGAGGAAAUGGACACCUACAAGGGCUGGCUGGACGCCACAGGUAGGGAUCGAAGCGGCGACCUGACCGUCAGCGUGCUGUCCCAAGCAGCGUGGCCGUCAUACCCCGACGUCAAGAUGCUGAUACCUGAGGACGUUGCCAAGAAGAUCGACCAGUACGACGCCUUCUACAAGAACAAACACACGGGCCGCAAGCUCUUCUGGAAGCACAACCUGGCGCACUGCAUGGUCAAGGGGUACUUCGCCAAGGGCACCAAGGACCUGGCGGUCAGCGCGAUGCAGGCCAGCGUCCUGGUGCUGUUCAACCAGGCGCCGGACGGGGUGCUGGGGUACGAGCAGAUCGCGACGGCGACGGGCCUGUCGGGCGGGGAGCUCGAGCGCACGCUGCAGUCGCUGGCGUGCGGCAAGGUGCGGGUGCUGGCGAAGCACCCCAAGGGCAGGGACGUUUCCCCGACGGACACGUUCUCGUUCAACAAGGCCUUCACGCACCCGAUGGUGCGCGUCAAGAUCAACCAGAUCCAGCUGAAGGAGACGGCCGAGGAGAACCAGGAGACGCACCGCCGGGUGGCGGCGGACCGGCAGUUCGAGACGCAGGCGGCCAUCGUGCGCGUCAUGAAGAGCCGCAAGACGAUGCCGCACGCGCAGCUCGUCGCCGAGGUUAUCAACCAGACCAAGAGCAGGGGCGCCAUGGACCCGGGGGACAUCAAGCAGAACAUUGAGAAGCUCAUCGAGAAGGAUUACUUGGAGCGGGAGGGUAACUCGUAUACGUACUUGGCUUGA